UGCCGCAUUGCUCAGUAGGCUUGUGUCACUGUACCUUUAUAUAGAACCAGGUUCUAGUGCGCAUGCGCCCGCUGUGUUUAUUUUUUUCUAACCUGAGGAACUGUGUCGCUGCGCUAGCAAACCCAUCUCUGUCAGCUCUUACAAUUUGAGACCGACGGUGGUGUCUUUCCCCUCACUGGAAUACAAGAAAACGCUGCUUUACAGUGCUAUCUACGACUGCAAGUGCUUGAAUUGGCUUGGGAGAAGACCAGUAGGAUUAACAGCAGUUCAAAGUGGUUGCUCGAUGCCCCCCAGUCGGCAGGAAUAGCCAGGUCCCACAUCCCACCACAUCCAUGUUGACUGCGGCAGUCUUCGCACUGGGUCCAGGGCUACACACACCGCAACCCCUUUGUUCUUCUGUGGAUAAAUUCCGGAUAAAUUGGUGCGGCUUGUGGAAGAACCAUCGCAUGUUACAAUGUAAAUCCCUGUUUCAGUUUGAAGGAUUGUUUACGUGUUAAAAUGGCUGCUGAAAUGGCAUUUGGAAGAGAAUGGUCUUGAGUCAACGCAGUAACGUUACAUUACUUAGCGGAGGCCAAACUCCAAAUAAGCUAGUUAGGCUAACUAAUUAUGUGCUAGUUGGGCAGAACAUUAAACGAAUUGGCGGCUUAAAUAGCUUCUAUAGAUGGUCGCCUUUUGUGGCAACGCUAGGUUCUUCCAACAAGAGGUAGGGUGAAGGGAAUUCCAUCCACUCCGAGUCUAUGCAUGCGGUUAACCAAGCAGAUUGUAAAAACAUUUAGCUAACGUUAACUAACAGUGCGUUUCUCUCUGUCCAAAGCUUUGUAAGCUGGCGUAACCAACCUUAAGCCCCUAUGUGAAUAUGCAUAACGCCCAACAAAUAUGCAGGACUUCUUUAUUAUAAUAUAAACUGCCUAGGUUACCGAGGCUUUCUCAAAAAGACCUAAGGCCCCAGUUUUUUUACUCGGAUUAGUCGACCUGGAGAAAAACCAUGAAUCCCAGCGGGAUAUGUAAGACUAAACUCUUUGUUUUUGGACCAAAACUAGCCACCCACAGUGAUCUGCGGGGUACCAACAGAUACUUGGUGGUGUUUGUUUUAUUUUACUUUGUAUUGUUCACUUACGCCUCCCCGGCGAAACCUUGUGACAAGAAUUGUCUUUCUGGAAAAUGCAUAAACGGAUCCUGUAUCUGUGACCGAGGAUGGGUUGGAGACCAGUGUCAGCACUGCCAGGGGAGAUUCAAGUUGGUGGAGCCUUCAGGAUACCUCACUGAUGGUCCAAUCAACUACAAGUACAAAACAAAGUGCACCUGGCUCAUUGAGGGCUAUCCAAAUGCUAUUCUUCGGUUAAGAUUUAACCACUUUGCCACAGAAUGUAGUUGGGACCAUAUGUACGUCUAUGAUGGAGACUCGGUAUAUGCUCCUCUGGUUGCUGUUUUCAGCGGCCUUAUUGUGCCAGAGAUACGAGGAAAUGAGACAGUUCCUGAGGUUGAGACGACAUCAGGCUAUGCACUACUACACUUUUUCAGCGAUGCUGCCUAUAACCUGACAGGAUUUGAAAUAUUUUACUCGAUCAACUCUUGUCCUAAUAACUGCUCUGGCCAUGGGAAGUGCACACCUGGGAACUCUGCCGCCAGCAGAGUGUACUGUGAAUGUGACAAGUACUGGAAAGGCAAGGCCUGUGACAUCCCCUACUGUAGGAACAACUGCGGCAGCCCUGACCACGGCUACUGCGACCUCACUGGGGAGAAGCUGUGUGUUUGCAAUGACAGCUGGCAAGGCCCAGACUGCUCUUUAACCGUACCUUCAACUGAGUCCUUCUGGGUCCUACCAAGUGUCAAGCCCUUUGGCACAUCACUCACCAGGGCGUCCCAUAAGGCUGUGGUGCAGGAAAAGGUCAUGUGGGUGGUGGGGGGAUACACCUUCAACUAUAGCUCCUUCCAGAUGAUUGUCAACUACAACUUGGAGAGUAGUAUCUGGAACACAGUUCCCAUCAAUAGUGGCCCUGUGCCAAGAUAUGGCCACUCACUUGCAGCCUACCAGGAUGAUAUCUACAUGUUUGGUGGGAAGCUGGAGGCCGGCUGGGGGAACGUGACAGAUGAGCUGUGGGUGUUCAACGUACCCGGUCGGACGUGGCAGCGGAGAAACCCCGUGGUCGGCCCACCUGCUCAGGCUCAGAUUUACGCGGUGGAGGGACACUCGGCCCACUGCGUCCUGCUGGAGGGCGGCGAGGCCAUCAUGCUGGUCAUCUUCGGCUACUCCCCCAUUUACAGCUACAUCAGCAACGUUCAGGAGUACAGCCUGAGAUCCAACACAUGGCUGGUACCAGAGACCAAAGGUGCCGUUCCCCAGGGAGGUUACGGCCACAGCAGCACAUAUGACAAUGCCAGCGGCAGUGUGUAUGUCCAUGGAGGCUAUAAGGCACUACCUGCCAACAAAUACGGCCUUGUUGACGACCUCUACCGCUACGAUGUUAACACACGGACAUGGUUCAUCCUGAGGGAGAGUGGCUUUCCACGGUACUUGCACUCAGCUGCGCUCCUCAGCGGCACUCUACUCAUCUUUGGUGGCAACACACACAACGACACAUCACUCAGCAACGGUGCCAAGUGUUUCUCUGCUGACUUCCUUGCCUAUGACAUCGCCUGUGAUGAGUGGAGGCUCCUGCCUAAACCAGACCUGCACAGGGAUGUCAACCGCUUUGGACACUCUGCAGUGGUCAGCAAUGGGUCCAUGUAUGUGUUCGGGGGCUUUUCCAGCGUGCUGCUCAAUGAUGUGCUUGUUUACCGACCUCCAAGCUGCCAGGCCUUCUUGGCAGAGGAGGGCUGUGUGAAGGCUGGGCCAGGGGUCCGUUGCAUCUGGCGCAGAGGACGCUGUGUCCCCUGGGAACCCAGCAUGGCUAAUGGGAGUCUCACCCCUGCCCCAUUCUGCCCCCCUAAAGCUGUCACAGUGGACGAGUGGUGCUACCGGUUCUCAGACUGUGCCAGUUGUACAGCCAAUACCAAUGGGUGCCAGUGGUGCGAUGACAAGAAGUGCAUCUCAGCCUUCAGUAACUGUACCUCUAACGUGAAGAACUUCACUCAGUGUCCAGUGCGGAACGAGCAGGUGUGCAGCAAGCUUGCCAACUGCAAGAGCUGCUUCCUGAAUCUCAACUGUCAGUGGGACCAGAAUCAGUCAGAGUGCCACGCUUUUCCUGCCAAACAGUGCAGUGAGGGUUGGAGUCUGGUGGGGGAGGCCUGUCUGAGGAUCAACACCAGUCGUGAGAGUUAUGACAAUGCCCAGCACUACUGCAAGAACCUCAACGGAAACAUAGCUUCACUCACCACCUCCAAACAGGUGGACUUUGUGCUUGAGGAGCUCAAGAAGCUCCAGCAACAAGACAAGCGGCUGUCUCCUUGGGUGGGUCUGAGGAAAAUCAAUGUGUCAUACUGGGGUUGGGAGGAUAUGUCUCCCUUUACCAACAGCACCCUGCAUUGGCUGCCUGGUGAGCCCAGUGACUCUGGUUUCUGUGCCUACCUAGAGGAGCCCCAGGUGUCGGGCCUGAGAGCAAAUCCAUGUACCGCCACUACCCACGGCCUCAUUUGUGAAAAAACUACUGGAAACCCCAAUCAGAGUUCCCGCCCAUCCUGUAAGAAGCCCUGCUCGCUGCACACCAACUGUGCCAACUGCACCAGUCAAGCUAUGGAGUGCAUGUGGUGCGGCAGUGCACAGCGCUGUGUCGACUCCACUGCAUAUGUCAUCUCUUUUCCCUAUGGCCAGUGCCUGGAGUGGCAGACUGGAGAUUGUGUGGCCCAGAACUGUUCGGGCCUGCGGACGUGUUCCCAGUGUUUGGAGCAGCCUGAGUGCGGCUGGUGUGGAGACCCUAGCAACACAGGAAAGGGCUUGUGCAUGGAGGGUUCGUACCGUGGACCUAUGAAGAGACUGGCAAAGCAGGGCCAGUCCCAGGACAUGAGCCUGGAGCUGGGCAGCUGUCCUAAAGAUAAGGGCUAUGAGUGGGCCUUCAUUCAAUGCCCUGCAUGCCAGUGUAAUGGCCACAGCACGUGUGUGAACGGCAGCGUGUGCGAACAGUGCCGCAACCUCACCACUGGUGCUCACUGCCAGACCUGCAUGCCCGGUUACCAUGGAGACCCGACCAAUGGUGGCAAGUGCCAGGCCUGUAAGUGUAAUGGUCAUGCAAGUGUGUGCCAGGUGCUAACUGGCAAGUGCUUCUGCACCACCAAGGGGAUCAAAGGAGACCAGUGCCAGUUAUGUGACUCAGAAAACCGUUACCUUGGCAAUCCACUGAGAGGAACCUGUUACUACAAUCUCCUGAUCGACUACCAGUUCACCUUCAGUCUCAUCCAAGAAGAUGAUAAUCACUACACUGCCAUCAACUUUAUGGCCUCACCUGAGCAGGCAAACAAGAACUUGGACAUGUCGAUUAAUGCAUCCAACAACUUCAACCUCAAUAUCACCUGGUCGGUGGGAUCAACAGCUGGAACCAUCUCUGGAGAGGAGGUACCCAUCGUGUCCAAAACUAACAUCAAGGAAUACAAAGACAGUUUCUCCUGUGAGAAGUUCACCUUUAGAAGCAACCCCAAUAUCACCUUUUAUGUCUACGUCAGUAAUUUCUCAUGGCCCAUCAAGAUCCAGAUUGCCUUCUCCCAGCACAACAGUAUCAUGGACCUUGUCCAGUUUUUUGUGACAUUUUUCAGUUGCUUUCUGUCGUUACUAUUGGUGGCAGCAGUCGUGUGGAAGAUCAAACAGACCUGCUGGGCUUCAAGACGGAGAGAACAACUGAUGAGAGAGCGUCAGCAGAUGGCCAGUCGUCCGUUUGCCUCAGUUGAUGUUGCACUGGAUGCCAGGGGAGAACAAACAGAGCUGUUGCAGCCCGUGGUAGAUGGCGCACCUAAACCUGUUGCGAUGGAGCCGUGUUCAGGAGGGAAAGCUGCUGUAUUUACCAUCCUCAUGCGUCUGCCCUCUGGGCCCUCAGAGUUACCGCCACCAGGACAGUCAGGACUCAUUAUUGCCAGUGCACUGAUAGACAUUUCACAACAGAAACCAACAGAUUUUAAGGACAAGUCCCAGGCUUUAAAGAACCGAAAAGCCCUACCUCCUGCACACCAAGGCACCUGCGUCUGAGUCGUAACCCUGUGAUCCAUUGGGUCCCUUUUUAUGCCAUCUGAGGUGAUAUAGCUCCAACAUUUCGCGGGUCCUAGUUGGAAAGCUUUCCAGAGACGAGAGAUGGCUCCAUGUAGAAGAUUUCAUUCAGCUGCUACCACCGAAGUUUUAAUGUCCUAAGAACAUAAUCCUCAUUACCUUUCCUGCUCCAUGUCAGAAUCCUUCCCCAGCCUUUGCAACAACAAUUUUUCCAUCUACUAACUUCUUCCCUUUGGCUUGGGUGGUCACCGUGGUGAAGCUGAGAGGACACCUGCCUGAUGAGCGAUCAGUGACAUCAGACACCGAUUAACUAGGAGAAUCUUCAUCUUUUGAAGUUUCAGUCAUAAAUAUUUUGUGACACUUCAUCAUCCAUUUGCUCAGCGUGCGGGAAAUGUACAUUUUCCUCACACUCUGUUGGAAAUAAGAACAGAUGAUUGAAAACAGCUGGUAGAUAUUCAGUACACGGGGUAUGUGAAUUUCUUUUGCUUGCUAACAAGUGGGAUUUUAUGAUGCUAAAGCAUUUAGUUUCUGUGAUAAGCCUGGGUCUUAACUCACCUUUCAUGUACAUGCCACCUUUUUUGUGGAGAAAGUCAUGCACUAGUCUCAGAUCCUUGUUAUCGAGAUAUUUUGUCACACCACUUGGCCAAUUACCAUUAUUAAUCUGUUUUAGCAUUUUGUGUACAUUUGUAUCAUCCACCCAGCUGAAGCUUACAUCUGUAUUUUCUGUGGAAUAUAUGUACAGAUGCUGCAGAGACAUGAGACUGCAAUCACUACCAGCAGUAUGUGGGUGAGCACUGUGCACUGGGGGAGGCACAAACAAGUCAUCAGUCAUCAAACUAAAGCAUGGAAAACUCAGAAACUUAAGAAAAGUUACAUGCAUUUUAUUAACAAACUGGAAGUUUCAUUUGUCACAAAAAUCCUUUUUUUCAUUGUGUUCACUGUUGAAAAAGCUACAUAACAGAAAGGUGCACUAAGGUUCUAGUAAAUUCUUUACUGUGGUUAAUAACUCUAUCAUUUUGCUGUGCAACUUGGACAUUAGGCUUUUGAACUUUCCCUUGGACAGAAGUGGUAGGUGGAUGCCAUUUAGGAAAAAAGAUGUCUGCUAAAUAAAAUCAGACCAGGGAGGCCAUGCGCCGCUGCCUGUUUACUACUUUGUUUUGUAAGGUAUUUUUAGAGUCCUCUGAAGCUAUAACUUUAUUUCCAUUUUUGAGUACAAGGAGUUAAUUUACCUUUUAUAAUGCCUUGGCUUUCCACGGGCUCCUGAGGAUCUGCAGAAUUUUCAAAGCUGUCGACCAUUUUUAGCCCUAACUCCACUCUGAGCUGAGCUGUACUGUGUCUUGGGACAAAGUCUUUGUCACUUUUAUCUCCUGAAAUUUCACAUUUGUCAGGUUUUUAUGACAGAAUGGCAAGGGAUUAUUUUUAUUUUAGGCCUUGCCACCUUUUGCUGUUAUAUUAAUGAUAAUUUUUUUUUUUUUGCUACACUUGUAAAAAGAACAUUUUUGUUAAUAUUUUGUUUUGAUAUUUAACAGAUUCCUGUGUAAUAGCACAUUUAACAUGUUCCUAUAUAUCAUGAUGUCUGAAUUAAAUCAGUUAAAGUCAAUUCUUUUUGAAUUGUGCAUCUUUAACGACUGUGUGGGCAGUCUUGCUUUUUUUUGAAAAGUGAUCAUUAUGUUGCAUUUCAUAUGGAUAGUAUGGAUUUUGUUUGUAAUCCUAUAACAGUGUCAUUACACAGGAAUCAGUCUCACUGUACCAUGAAAAAAGAUGAGAAACUGCAUAUCUGUAAUCUUCAGUGUAUUUUAAAGAUGGACAACAUGACAGAAAAUAAAAAAGAAACAGGCCUGAAAAUCACCUGGAGUCUUUUUGCAUUGAAGCAUCCAAUUAUUCAACACAUCUCUUGUCUUUUUUCUCCUUCUGUCUGUCCAGUGCUUGGUGCCUCUUAAGCUUAAACUACCAGUUUGCAAUUGCAUUCUGGUGCCCAUUGUUCAACAGAGGUUGAUUGUUUCAGAUAAUGAUAAUUAUUCUCUCUGAACAUCACAGAGAGAGAA